AUGGCGUCGCACCACGGCGGUCCUCCAGUCGCCGAAGUAGUCAAGGAAUCGAGCCGCGCUUCCGUUGUCGUCAACGAAGCCUCCCGGGGCCCGGUCAACAACGAGAUUGUGGUCGCGAACCGAGAGAGAGAGGUCGCCGUCGUGCCGCCGGGGGCGCAAGUCAUCAACGAGGUCACCACCACCGAGGUCUUCCCCCACGGCCCGGGAUACGGGUACGGAUACGGACCCGGACCGGUGGGUUUCCAGCUCUGUUCGCAGUGUCGGCGUUCCUGGCACUCCUCCUUCUCCGAGACGGUCUGCUACCGCUGCCGCUCGUCGUAUAGCUACCGAGACCGCUUCGACGACCGAUACAGCUACCGAUCGGGGUACAGCUCGAGCUACGGCUACGGGUCCGAGCGGUGCUCCUACUGCGAGCGGUUGCGGUUCGAGGGCCGCGGCGGCGUCGGCAUCUGUCGGGACCGUUGCGGCCGGCCCGCGUUGUGCAGAACGCUGCCGCGGCGGGUCUUGGUUGAGAAGAAGACUGUGAAGAAGUAUUACUACUAA